AUGGAGAUCCUGCCAGGAGAGGAGGAGAUGCAAGAUCUUCUGUCCUGCCAGCUCAACACUUCCUGUCAGACGCAGGUUCGCUCCAGGUAUGAGUCUGCCCUCGUCUACACGGCCCUCUCCUUUGUGUCUCUGCUGACGGUGCUGCUCAACAUGCUGGUCCUCAUCUCCAUCUCCCACUUCAGGCAGCUCCACACCCCCACCAACGUCCUGAUCUUCUCCCUGGCUCUGGCCGACCUCCUGGUGGGAGCACAGAUGAUCCCCCUGGAAAUGAUCACCAGAUCCAACCCAUGCUGGUACCUGGGCAGGCUGAUGUGCUAUCUGGUCCCCUAUGCCAGCGGCAUCUUUACCUGCUCCUCGAUAUGGAACCUGAUGCUCAUAUCUGUCGACCGCUACAUUGCUGUGUGUAAACCACUUCUGUAUCCCUCCAGGGUCACGAUGAGGAGAACUAUUUUGUGUUGUGUCCUGAACUGGAUUUGUUCUAUCACUUACAACGGUUGGUUCAUAUCAAACAUAUUUGGCAACCCAUAUGUCUACGACAUAUGUCAAGGAUACUGUGCCAGGUGCAUCAAGUCCAACUCAGUGAGCAUUGAGUCUGACCUGAAGGAGACAGGUAAAUCUGAGAGAAAAGCAGCAAAAACUCUCAGUAUAGUUAUAGUAGUUUAUCUGCUUUGCUUUGCUCCAUACUUCUUUUCAUCUUUCUUUAAUAGUUGGUCCUCACAGAUCACUAUGAUUUGGAUUUAUGAGAUUAACUCCUGUCUCAACCCUCUGAUCUAUGCUUUCUUUUACCCAUGGUUUAAAAAGUCUGUGAAAUGCAUCAUAACCCUGAAGAUACUGCAGCCCUUCUCCUCUGAAUUCAACCUGAUGUAG